AUGUUCUGGUCGGGCACGCUGCUCAGCGCCACCGGCCCCUUGGCCAAGGCCUGGCUUUCAGCAAACCAAGAGCGCAAGGUUUCCAAGGUUCAGAUCUUGCAGCACAACCUGCAGGACAGUGUCGAUGCAAUCAUUGCGCCCAAUGAAGCUCCUCUUGCCCUGCGCCUCAGCGGCCAGCUGCUGCUCGGUGUCGUCCGCAUAUAUAGCCGCAAGGCCCGCUAUCUACUAGAUGAUUGCAACGAAGCAUUGAUGAAAAUCAAAAUGGCAUUCCGGUCCACCGGGAACCACGACAUACCUACGAACCUGCACGUUCAAAAUAAGGAGGCUCUCAUGCUCCCUGAUAAAAUUACACCAUAUGAUAAUCUCGAUUUGCUACCUCCUCCCAGCUCAGACUUCCUCGCUUCGCAACUCGAAGAAGUGACUGCGACCCCGGCGAGCAGUAGUCGAAAAGGUCGCCCCAGCAACCGCGACAUCAACCUCCAGGAGGACUUCAACAACAGUCAAUUUCUUCAAGAUACAACUGGGGACGAUGACGAGCUGGCUCUUGCAAACAUGGAUGACCUCGAUUUGGAACUUGACUUUGGUAUGGAUAUUGACGAGAGACCGACGAAACUCAUGGACAAGAGUGUGGAAAUGGGCAGAGAUGCGCCCGAUGCCAGGCCGAUCGAGGAGGACUUAUUUAGCGAAUUGGAUGUUGCCGGUCCCAGCAAGGGUCGCCGAGAGCGCGAGCCAUCUCUGGGCCUUGACCUGGACUUCGGUGAUGGUAUUCAAAUUGCCGAUGGCGAAGGAGAUAUUCAGAUGGGCGAUGAUGACCUGCAGUUCAACCUUGGGGACCAAUCAGCCAUGCCGCAGCCCCCUGUCCAGGAUAUGAGCCGUGCACGCAUCUCCGAGUCGCCGCUAUCGGAUAUCGAUGAGGAGUUCGCAAAGGAGGUUGAAAUGGAGUACAGCCGUCAUACGAACACAGAUAUGUACGAGCCAGGCGAUGACCCGACGGCGUCCACCAUCCACGCCCCUCAGCGGCACAAGAAGAGAAGGCUUCUCCAACCAGAUGAGCAAACCAUGCUAUCCAACUCCCAGAUCAAGGAGCAACAGUCGAAGCGCGACAAUAUCAUCAAGCCUCAGUCUUUUCUCGCUCACGAUCCUUACAUUGCCGGCUUGAUGGAUCUCCACAAGAACGGCGGGUUUGUCAACAACAUCCUCUUUGAGGGCCGCAGUGAUGGGUGGGCUCCCGAGCUCAAGGGGCUUCUGUCUCUUGGUUCCAUCCGUCCGAACGAGCUCAAGAGGAAGCGCGACAGCGGCGUGGCGGACAUGGACAGCGAAGAGGAACAAGGAAGGUCCAAGUCUCCCCGUCUCGAGCUCCCCGAAGACGAGACUGUGCUUGGCCUGGACCGGACUGUCGGCGGUAACCAGAGCCUCGCGGCGGAUGGCACGAUCCUGGAGAUUCCCGCAGACGACACGGUUGUCUUCCACGGAGAUGAGUCCAACGAAAGACCCGGGUCAAGAGGAGGCGAGCCGACGAGCCCGAUGCCUGCCUUCGAUGAGACAACGAUGCCCAUUGUGCACCCUGCCGACAGUGGCCCCGUAUCCAUCGGCACCAAGCACGCCGUUCACAUCCUCCGGGACCUCUUUGGCGCCGAGGCCGCCACCAACGCCGACAAGCGCAAGAAGACUGCCGUUGUGUUCCAGGACCUUUUGCCGGAGAAGAAGACGACAAAAGCAGACGCCACCAAGAUGUUCUUUGAGUGCCUUGUCCUUGCGACCAAGGAUGCCAUCAAGGUUGAGCAGCCCGAAGGCACCCUCGGAGGCCCUAUCCGCGUCCGUGGGAAGCGCGGUCUGUGGGGUGACUGGGCUGAGCGUGAAGCCGGUGGCGAGAUUGCCCGUGACAACGAGGAGCAGCAACAGCAGCAGCAGCAGCAGCGGGGCGAUGAGCCCGAACCGGCUGUGCAGACUGCCGCGGCGGUAGCUGUCGAGGCGUAA